GUCUUGUGACAGACGUUCAAGCAAGGGAAAAAAUGAAAUUUCUUCACACAAAAUGAGAAGUAACUAAGUGCAUUGACCUCACAUCACAAGAAUACCGAAUGAACCAUAAACGGUAACUUUCCUCCAUUAAGAGCAAAACAAAACAAAAACAAAAACAAACGCGAACCUAAUUCGUAAAUGAAAGGCGUGAUUUAAAUGCCCAGAGAUACAACUGACUAGAGUUAACAGGAAAUGCACUCGUGGUUUAAAGUUUCGUGUAUCUGGGUACAGUUUCUCGGGAGGAAUGGCCAUGUACUGUGAUGGAGGACCCUAAGGCAUCCGUUGUUCUUUUGUGUCCAUUGUUAGACGCACACGCACGGACAGACAGGUUUUUGGUGACGACGCAAGUGGAAUAUUAAAGAAUGGCAGUCAUAGCAUUUCUUGCUCUCUCUCUGCUGUUAUCUGCAGCCACGGCGCAGAAUGGGGGCAGCGUGACCUGUCCUUCGUCCUGCCCAGACCGCUUCCGUCCCGUGUGCGGCACCGACAACAAGGCCUACGGAAACGAGUGUAAACUUCUGCAGGCGGUUUGUCGACAGCCUGGCCUCGGGAAGAAGAACGACGGACCCUGUGUUAAUAGCAACAACUGUCAGCGUCAGUGUUCUAGCUCGUACGAACCCGUGUGCGCCACUGACGGCGUCUCCUACAACAGCAAAUGCCACCUUUCCAUCAAGAGCUGUGAAAACCCGAGCGUCCAGCUGAGAUAUGAGGGGCCCUGCGCCGUGCCUGCAAACCCCCCUAGCCCCACGGCCCGACCGACGUCCCGACCGACGUCCACCGGCGGGUCUCUCCAGCCUUCAUCCGGUUCAGUAAACAGGGUCCCUCAGGUCGGCCAGUCGGUGCUCGGCCUCGUCACCGGCGCAGCUCGCCCUCAGAACUCCGCUCCUGCUCCGGCUCCUGCUCCAAUCACCUCCGCCACCUCCAGACCCACAUCGGUUGGGAACACUGGUAGCGGCACCCCGCGCUGUCGGGACGAGUGUCAGCUUGGCUUCCGACCCGUGUGUGGCACCGACGGCAAGGUGUACGCGAACGAGUGCAAGCUGAGGGUGGCCUCCUGCCACGACCCCACGAUCCAGAAGAAGAACGACGGGGUUUGCGAGAAGGACUGCAGCAUCGUCUGUCCUGACGAUGUCGAGCCCGUGUGUGGGAGCAACGGCGUCACGUACAGGAACUCCUGCUUCUACACCAUCGCCCGCUGCCGUGACCCUGAUGUUAGGAAGGUUGCCAAUGCCCCUUGUGCCAAUCGGCGGGACUCCAAAUGCGACUUCGCUUGCGACAAGUCCAUCAACCCGGUCUGUGGCAGCGACGGCCGGACAUACCGUAAUCAGUGCGAACUUGAGGCCAACGCUUGCACGAAGACCAGUCUGAUAAAGCUCUAUAAUGGACAGUGUCAGGAGCAGCAAGGAGCACGCUGUGAUACAGUUUGCCCAAAUGUAGUGGAGGAGGUAUGCGGUGACGACGGGAAAACUUACAGAAGUCACUGUGAUCUAAUUGUGUUGUCUUGCCGUGCCAACGUACGUGUUAACAAGGCUUACGAUGGACGUUGUUAGUGUGAAGGAGAGGAAAAUAAGAGGAGGAGAGAGAGAGAGAGAGGAAGAGGAGAAGAAGAAAGAGGGUGAAUUAUUGUGAAAUAGGAAGUUUGGGUAUAGUGAUAUAUCUGGGGGAUAUGAGUAAUGUUUAUUUUCCUUUUAUGAAUGAUAUAUAUAUACAAUUUGGUUGAUUGAGCUUGAGCAUGAGCAUUUUACAUGUGCAAACAUAUAAUAUGCAAGUAAUUUUCUAAACAUAAUAUGCUAGUAAUUUUCUAAUGACUGAAAGACAGAUGUAUUCUGCAUUCUUGUGAAAAUGAAAUCAUAUGAAAUGCAUUUUGGAAUAAAAUCUAAUACAUAUGUUUGUGUAUCUUACAUAUAAAAUAUAACUUAAAAAGAGAAGCAAUUUUGGAUGUUUUUACCCAGCGCUAAUCGGCUGGGAAAAUGUCAACAAUAAAUUAUAGAAAAUGAGCAAAUCCAGUUGUAUUAUUUUGAAAGUUAUUUUACCAACACAUUGUGUAUGAUUUUGUUAUAUAGCCCACUGUUGAUGGGAUGAAAAGAAUUCAUACCAUGCCCACUGUCUUUUUGUGUAUUGAUUAUCCUUACACAAUGAUGGCUCUAUUAGUGUUCAGUCACAAAGAAGUCAAUUACUAGUCCUACCUAGCUCCCCUGCUUACCCUUUUCCUUUUUAUAUUCGGAAACAUUUAUUUUUAUAUUAUAUUGCUAUUGGUAUUGCUAAUAACAUUAUAAUAGCAGCAUUGAUAUUAAUGGCAUAAAAAAAAAAGAAA